GAAUUACUGGACACACUUCAGUUUCUCUGACAAGUGGAUGCUUCACUUCAAAUUUUUGCUGAGAUCGGACAGCGACCUUACAACUUCAUUGUGCAGCUGCCAAGCCUAAUUGGAUCAAACACCGCUGUGAAAUCGUCCAUUCCUACGAUGCUAAUCGUGCGACAACAACUACUACUCUCUGCUUCCAUUCUCGGAUGUUCAGCUCUGCGAGCUGGUGAGGGCCUGCAGACAUUCAGUUCAUCGUCUUCUCAGGGUUCUUGCGAUGCUUGUUCAGACCUGGUGCACUUUCACAGGCAUGAAAGCAUUUCCUGGGAGAUUUUCCCUCCUCAACCCUUUCCGGGAGUUGAUAUUGCCAUUACCUGCAUCCCAAGUCAUCAGAAACGAUGGGGCUUCAAAGCUUCGGACCAGGUCGAGCACUUGCUCAAUGAUGAGGACUGCGGCGUGGAGAAGGCUGCGCUAAACAAAAGGGAGCGGAAGAAUUGCAAGGGGCUGUAUGACAAGCAGAACAAGAGAGCAUCAUUUCUGGGACUUCCAGUGGCUUUCAUGCAGCAGCUUGCAGUGUGCGGCCGCUGUACCAUAUGCGAGGCUUUUGCAAAGGUGCGUGGUUUGUGGCAAAAACUGAAAGCUGCUGCGCAAAGAGUCGUGAAGGGAAUCAUCAAGGCAAAGCGGACACUCUUUGGCUUCAGUUACGCCUCUUCUGAAGUCCGAACGCAGAUGAAAGAGCGCUUCGAUACCUACUUCCCUGAGGUAAGUGUCACUGACGAGAACAGUGACAGCAGCCUCAUGGAAUCCUCUGCUGGUUGGGAGGAUGAGCAUGAGAAGAUGGUGCAUGAUGCUUUGAUGAAGCAACUGCAAAACAAACCGCCAGAGCAAGUGGAACAGCACCUUUCUCUUUUGCAACGGAGGCUAGAUGAGGCGAAAGGUCAAGAGGAGGAGCUGCUGCUAAAAGCCCGCAAAGAGUUGCAGAGCAGAGCAGUCAAACAAAGGGAAAGCUUGGAAACGCAAUUGCCGACUUUGCUUGGAAAUAAGCAUUGCAAAAAGCUGGUGGAGUCGUCGCUGGUGAGUCAAGUGCUCACGAUCACCCUCUAUGUGGAACUGCCGCACAUCGCGAAUGCAAUUCUUGGUUUGGUGAUGGGGAACCUCCACGGCGCCUUGCACGCGUUGAUCCCAGAAGUCUAUCUCCACACAGCUCCUCACUUAGGGGGGGAUGUCUCGGCCGUGACAAUGAAUCAAUGCUUGAAGGCCUUGCAUAAACAACGGCAGCCGUUCUUGGACUCCUGCACUCAUGAGCAGCCGUUGCUAGCCUGUGCAGCAAGGACUUACCAAAGGUUGAUGGAAGGAGCCUUAUCACAGCAGUGGUGGCCCUUGAAGCACAACGAGAAGGGGACCACUGUUGGAUCAAUUGAUUUGGGCUACGAGUAUGAUGCGCUAAUGAAGUCCUUGGAAUGCACAACGCAGGGAAGCUGCCUGGAAACGUCAGUUGUGGAUUUGGAGAAGGAGGAAAUAAAGGUGGCAACCCUGGAAAAAGAAUCGACUGAUACAACAGGGCGCAUGGAGCAGUUGCAAUGCGCAUUUGCAGGCAGCCGAGUUGACACUGAGGAUGGCGAAGAAGGAGACAAAUUGCCCAUCGUCACCGAUAAGAUUUGGGCGGCUGCUUUGGGAGCUUUUGGUUGGACCCAUGUGAAUUCUGAAACGUAUCACGAGUCAUGCCCUUCUGUGCUGCCCUUUGUGACGGCUUUCUGUGCGAAUGAUCUUGGAUGUAUGGAUGCAGACAACGCAGGACAAGGCUUCUUGUCGAUUGCCGAGUUUGAGUUGGUGAAAAGAAAGAGCCGCGAGCAUGUCGAGGACCUGCAGCACAUCACAGCAGCUUCAGUGGCGGACAAGACUGAGGAGUUGGACAGGCUGAACAAGAAGUGGGAUGACAUGAUGCUGCUCGAGUCUAACUUUUGGGGAGCAGACCAGACAAAGGACGUGUACCAUUGGAAUUUGAUGUGGCAGACUGCGAACCUCACCAGCAAGGUAGGCCUGCUGGCCACUUGGCCAGAAAUCCUCAACGCCGUGGUUGGAGAAUCUGAGCACAACGUCAACUGGCAAGCGACCAUCAAGUACUGGGAGAAGGUUCUGCAGAUGGCCUCAGCGAAAAUGCAGGUUCGAGCGUUGGAGAGGCAGCGCAUGGGCCAGGAUGAUCGCAACAAGCAGUCCAUAGCGGCGGUCUUGACUAACCUCCAUGGGAUUUUCGAAACCAAGUUUUGCUCUCCCGGGGCCUUGGGCAAGUUGAGCGACCAGGACAUGUUGCGCUUGGGGAUGACAGAUGACGUAUCCCGCCUGAUUCUGCAAAUGGAUGAUAUGACUUCUGUCGUGAAGAGGUGGAAGCAAUGGACCGUCUUUAACAUCAAGGUGAAGGCUUCGAGCAGGAAAUUUCUUAACAAAUUCAAGAAGAAGGUUAAGCGAGGUACUUGUAGCUGCAUGUGCUACCGGAGCUGUGGGAAAUUGAAGGCUUCAGCCUCCAACAGUUGCAAUGCUGGUUUCCUUGCCGACCCCAGCGGCCUCCGGCAGAAGAAUUUGAAGGAGAGAAAAUUGAUCACCUUCUGGCCAGAUAAGGUCGUGGUUGACCGUGUUUAUGCGAUUGGAGCCGUGUACAAGAAGCCACAAAUGACCAUCUACAAGCUGGUUUCGCCUGGUGCCUGCAAAUACCGAUUUGAAAUGAUGGGACAGAUAGUCUCGAAGCUUCUUGGAUAGACACACAUAUAUAUAUAUAUUUGCCUUCUGCCAGUGAGCAGUUUGAGAACUGUCGAUGAACUCCAGAGCGUACAACCUGGUAUUUUUCAGUGAACUAUUUGGCGGCAAGUUUGGGCUCCGGGUUGUCCUUUGUCCUGGUUGUGCUCACAAAACUUGUGACCAUCUUUGCUAGGAAAUCAUCAUCCAAGUUUGCGACACUGUCUGGCUAUAUCUCCGGCUGUGAUGUGCCAGAUUUCAUCAAGCUGAGUCCAGGUGAAGACUUGAGAAUAACUACGUGGUCUGAGACGCCUGAUGAGCACAUGCAAACAAACUUUGAUUUGGAAUUGAGUGCCAACAAACUUGCAGAGGAGUAUGACUCAGAUGUUUUCGACUCAAUGAACUCAGAGUCCCACCCAGAGUCGGAACCAGAAUCGGAGGCAGAGUCGGACUGGGAAGAGUAUUAACUUGGACGUCUGAUGGAUGCAGGGCAUACAAAAGUCUCCUUCAAGCAAUCAAGCAGGUCUUCUUUCCAGAG